AUCAGUUGAAGUAAUGUUUCACCCCCCAGUGUUGAAAAACAGGAGGACUCUGCUGGAGAGAGCAGAAAAGUUCAUAUCUGAUGUAUAUUUCACCGACUGCAAUCUCAGAGGAAGGUUGUAUGGAGAAACUUGCCAGCUUGAGUCUCUGUCAGUGUACCAGACUGCAAAGCGUAUCCCCUUCUCAGAGGCAGUUCAGCAAACCUUUCAGCCACGCAAAGUUGGGGACUCAUUUGGACCCACAUGGUGGACUUGCUGGUUUAAACUUGUCCUGAAAAUACCAGAGGAAUGGAAGGGGAAGGAGGUUCAUCUGAGAUGGGAGAGUGAUGGUGAGGGGAUGAUAUGGCGAGACCAGGAACCAGUUCAGGGUUUGACCAAGGAAGGUGAAAAGACCAGUUACAUCCUGACUGAGUGCCUUAAACAGAAUGAACCACACAGCUUGACCCUGUAUGUGGAACUUGGGUGUAAUGGUUUAUUCGGUGCUGGACAAGGUUCCAUGAUAGCUGCCCCUGACCCAAACAGAAAGUACUCUCUUCAAAAGGCUGAGCUUGUUGUUUUUAAUCGUGAUGUGCAGGAGCUUCUCACUGACUUUGAGAUGAUUGUUGACAUUGCCAAGGUGCUAGGUGAAGAAAACCAACGUGGAUAUCAGGCUUUAUUUACAGCCAAUGAGAUGGUAAACCUGUGCAACCCAGCCGAUCCCAGCUCUUUCUCUUCAACCCGGGACCUUGCUCAGAAGUUCUUCAGCCAGAGGAAUGGGCAAAGCCAGCAUACUGUGCAUGCUAUGGGCCACUGUCACAUUGACACAGCCUGGUUAUGGCCAUAUGAAGAGACAAUUAGGAAAUGUGCUCGCAGCUGGGUCACAGCUAUUCGCCUGAUGGAAAAGAACCCAGACUUCAUCUUUACCUGCUCCCAGGCUCAACAGUUUCAGUGGGUAAAGAACUGGUAUCCAGCCUUGUUCUCUCAGAUUCACCACUUUGUACAAAAAGGCCAGUUUAUACCAGUCGGAGGCACAUGGGUGGAGAUGGAUGGCAACUUACCUUCUGGGGAGUCCAUGAUCCGACAGUUUUUAGAAGGACAGAACUUCUUUAAAACAGAAUUUGGACAGUAUUGUAAAGAGUUCUGGUUGCCAGAUACAUUUGGCUACUCUGCUCAGCUUCCUCAGAUAAUGCAGGGAUGUGGUGUUUCUCGUUUUUUGACACAAAAGCUAAGUUGGAAUCUGGUCAACACAUUUCCACACCACACUUUCUUUUGGGAGGGCAUUGAUGGCUCCCAAGUCUUGACUCACUUCCCACCUGGUAACUCCUAUGAAAUGAAAGGCAAAAUUGAAGACUUGAUUAACACGGUGAAAAACAACAAGGACAAGGGCCGGGCGAAUCACAGUGCAAUGCUGUUUGGAUUUGGUGAUGGAGGUGGCGGACCUACCCAGGUCAUGCUGGACCGUCUGCAUCGUGUGCACGAUACAGAUGGUCUGCCCAGGGUCAAAAUGUCCAGCCCAGAUCGUCUGUUUUCUGAACUCCAAUCUGACUCUGGCCUCCUCUGUACAUGGUCUGGUGAGCUCUUCCUCGAGCUGCACAAUGGCACUUACACCACCCAGGCACAGAUAAAGCUGGGAAAUCGUAAAUGUGAGACCCUGCUGCAUGAUAUUGAGGUGAUCAGCUGCCUGGCACUGUGUCAAAACACAGGUUUUUCAUACCCAACCAAAGAACUUCAGGAACUAUGGAGGCUUCUUCUGCUCAACCAGUUUCAUGAUGUUAUUCCCGGGAGCUGCAUUGAGAUGGUGGUAGAAGAUGCACUGAAAUAUUAUAAAGAGAUUCAAAAGACUGGCACCAGACUCUUCCAUUCUGCCUGUGAGGUGCUAAAAUCAAGUCCCAUGCUUGAAGCGGGCUCAAAUACAGCAGUUCUCAACACACUUCCCUGGGAGCGCACUGAAGUCAUAGCGCUGGCAGAAGAAGGCACACACACAAAGCUAGCCUUGGUCAAAGCCCCCAGUGUGGGAGUAGCUCCGAUCAAAGAGUCCAAUAAGCCUGUGUCUCCAGUGUCUGUAACAGUACAGGAUGAUGGUACUAUUAAAAUGGAGAAUGGCCUUCUUCAGGCCGUCUUUGACAAAAUGGGCCGUUUGUUAUCCCUAAUUCUUGUACAGAUAAACAGGGAGACGAUUCCAGAUGGCUCGUUCGGAAAUCAGUUUGUGUUGUUUGAUGAUGUUCCAUUAUACUGGGAUGCAUGGGAUGUAAUGGACUACCAUCUUCAGACUAGGAAGCCUAUAGUAGAUGUGGUACAGCCUGUUAAAGUGCAGAGCUCUGGAGGACUGAGAGGUAGCAUCACCUUCUCCCUGCGCAUUAGUGGGAACAGCAUUAUUACCCAGGAGGUCAUCCUUGAUGCCAACUGCCCCUACAUCAAGUUUAAUACACAGGUGGAUUGGGCAGAAGCCCAUAAGUUUCUAAAGGUGGAGUUCCCUGUACAGGUCCGCAGUGCCAGUGCCACCUAUGAGAUCCAGUUUGGUCAUCUGCAGAGACCUACCCACAGAAACACCUCCUGGGACUGGGCUCGCUUUGAGGUCUGGGGCCACAAGUGGGCAGAUCUAUCAGAGCAUGGCUUUGGCGUGGCACUCCUGAAUGACUGCAAAUAUGGCUACUCAGUUCAUCAGAACAUUAUGACCUUAUCCCUACUGAGAGCUCCAAAAGCACCCGAUGUUAAUGCAGAUAUGGGGCACCACCAGUUUACUUAUGCAGUCAUGCCACAUAAAGGUUCCUUUCAGGAUGCAGGAGUCAUCCAACACGCCUAUAACCUCAACUCACCACUACAUCUUAUCGAGGAUGUUCGCAUCACGGAUCCCUGGAGCGCGUUCACUGUGAGCCCCGCAGCUGUCAUCCUGGAAACUAUGAAACAGGCCGAGGCAAGGAAGGAUGCCCUUGUUGUUCGCCUCUAUGAGUCUCACGGAAGCAGUGUGAAUGCAGUGUUGCGUACUUUCAUCCCUGUGCAACAGGCUUGGCAUUGCAACAUGCUAGAAUGUCCCAGCCACCCUGCUGCAGUCACAGACUCUCAAAUAACCCUCACUUUUAAACCAUUUCAGAUCAUUACACUCCUUUUACAGCUCUGAUGAGUAAACUGGUGGGCUCAGGACAGGGGCCCACAUGUGUUAAUAAAAUACAAUUUUAAAAAUCA